GCGUGCGGGAAGAAGCUCAUUAAAAUUUAUCGAAAAAAAUGUUUUCCAUCUUAAAUAUUGCAAAUAAAUAAAAAUUACAAAUUAUAUGCAAACCAGCAGAUAAAUUUGGCUGUUAACAUCAAAGUCAUUUUGAAGUAAAAUUGUGUAAAUUUUCAAAAAGAAAAGUGACACAACAUGGCCCGGCCGUACAGACAAAGUUUGCCCCAAUUUACGACAACAACUCGUUGCUCACGCAUAACUCUAAUACUUUUGCUGGCAUUAAGUUGCUUAAGUUGCUUGCAAAUUGCAGCUUCACAGAAGACAAAUGUCGGACUCAUCUAUGAAAGCGACAACCCCGAUAUGGAGAAAAUAUUUCAAAUAGCUAUUGACAAAGCGAACGAAGAGAGCGGUGGAGCGCUUGAACUGCACGGCAUCGCUGUGGCCAUUGAACCUGGCAAUGCCUUCGAAACAUCAAAGAAACUCUGCAAAAUGUUGCGGCAAAAUCUGGUGGCCGUAUUUGGGCCCACCACAGAUCUGGCCGCAAAGCACGCGAUGAGCAUUUGCGAUGCCAAAGAGCUGCCAUUCAUCGAUACACGCUGGGAUUUUGCUGUGCAAAUGCCAACCGUUAAUUUGUAUCCGCACGCCUCACAGCUGGCGGUGGCGCUGAAAGACUUGGUGGUGGCGCUGGAAUGGACCGAUACCUUCACAAUCAUCUAUGAAACGGGUGAAUUUCUGCCGACGGUAAACCAAUUACUGGAAAUGUACGGCACUAUGGGGCCUACAAUUACCGUGCGCCGCUAUGAGCUUGACUUGAAUGGCGAUUACCGCAAUGUGCUGCGACGCAUUAAAAAUUCUGGUGAUUACUCUUUUGUCGUGGUGGGCUCGAUGGCUACGCUGCCGGAAUUCUUUAAACAGGCGCAACAAGUUGGUCUCAUGACUGAUGACUAUCGUUACAUUGUCGGCAAUUUAGACUUCCAAACCAUGGAUUUGGAGCCGUUCCAACAUGGUGACACCAACAUAACUGGCAUACGCUUGGUCUCGCCGGAUGAGAAGCUCGUGCAGGACCUUGCCAAAACCUUAUACGAAACGGAAGAGCCUUUUCAAAAUGUGUCGUGUCCUUUGACCACCAGCAUGGCAUUGGUGUACGACGGUGUUCAGUUGCUGGCUGAGACAUUCAAACAUGUUAUGUUCCGUGCGGUGCCAUUAAAUUGUAACGAUGCCAGCUCAUGGGAUAAGGGAUACACGCUCGUCAACUACAUGAAAUCGCUGAGCUUAACUGGACUCACCGGUGAAGUAAAAUUCGACUACGAAGGUUUGCGCACCGAAUUCGUGCUGGACGUUAUUGAGUUGACCAUGUCGGGUAUGCAGAAAAUAGGCGAAUGGAAGACGGAGGGCGGUUUCUUCGCUAAUCGACCGCCGCCUAAGAUAGUGGAGGUGGAUCAGCGUUCGUUGGUGAAUAAGAGCUUCGUGGUUAUCACAGCGAUAAGCGAACCGUACGGCAUGCUGAAGGAGACCCCUGCUAAACUGGAAGGCAAUGAUCAAUUCGAAGGCUUUGGCAUUGAGUUAAUCGAGGAGCUGGGCAAGAAAUUGGGUUUCACCUAUACUUUCCGUCUGCAAGUGGACAACAAAUACGGUUCGUUCAAUCCGAAAACGGGCAAAUAUGACGGCAUGAUGCUGGAAAUAAUCGAAGGACGAGCUGACAUGGGCAUCACCGACUUGACCAUGACAUCCAUACGUGAGGAAGGAGUAGAUUUCACUAUACCGUUUAUGAACUUAGGUAUUGCCAUUUUAUUUCGCAAACCGAUGAAGGAGCCACCGAAACUCUUCUCAUUCAUGUCACCAUUUUCGGGCACUGUUUGGAUGUGGUUGGGCAUCGCCUACAUGAGUGUCUCACUCACGCUCUUCAUUUUGGGACGCAUCUCACCGACCGAAUGGGAUAAUCCGUAUCCUUGCAUUGAAGAGCCCACCGAAUUGGAGAACCAAUUUAGUUUCCCUAAUUGCUUGUGGUUCUCCAUCGGUGCACUGUUGCAACAGGGCUCUGAAUUAGCGCCAAAAGCAUACUCAACGCGCACUGUGGCCUCAAUUUGGUGGUUUUUCACGUUGAUUUUGGUCUCUUCGUACACCGCAAAUUUGGCUGCUUUCCUGACGAUAGAAUCGCUCAGCAGCCCCAUUGAGAAUGCCGAGGACUUGGCCAACAACAAGGGUGGCGUUAAAUAUGGCGCCAAAGUGGGUGGCAGCACGUUCACGUUCUUUCAGGAUGCUAAGUAUCCAACGUAUCAGAAAAUGUAUGAAUUUAUGCGCGACCAUCCGGAAUAUAUGACCUCAACCAAUGCGGAAGGAGUGGAUCGUGUGGAAAAUGAGAAUUACGCAUUUCUAAUGGAGUCAACCACCAUUGAAUAUAUCACCGAGCGCCGUUGCAGUUUGACACAAGUCGGUUCACUGCUCGAUGAGAAGGGUUAUGGCAUUGCAAUGCGAAAGAAUUGGCCCUACCGUGAUAUGCUCAGUCAGGCUGUGCUGGAAUUGCAGGAGCAAGGCGUCCUUACCAAAAUGAAAACGAAAUGGUGGAAGGAGAAACGUGGUGGUGGUGCAUGUUCGGAUACCAGCAGUGAGGGUGGCGCAGUGGCCUUAGAGCUAAGCAACUUAGGUGGCGUUUACUUGGUGUUGAUUGUAGGCUCUUGCUUUGGUGUGUUGGUGGCAUUCCUUGAAAUGGUAUUGGGUGUGAAGGAACGCUCCGAUGAGAAUAAGGUGUCCUUCAAGACCGAACUCAUCGAGGAGUUCCGCUUCGUUAUGCAAUGCUCCGGUAACACAAGACCCGUAAAAUAUCCAAAGAAUUCGAGUCGCAGCCGCAGCCGCAGCUCUCGUUCCCGUUCACAUUCUCGUUCCAGUUCGAAGAGUUCUACAUUGUCCGUGGAUUCUUUGCCGAUGGAUGAGAGUAAAUUACAUCACAUUAGCGAGCACACCAAGCACGCCAAGUAAGUGCACGGUGCACGGAAGGAGACUAAAGUGAAAGUUUUAGCGUCGUGUCUUUAAAUGACUUGUUGGAUUUUUAUUCUUAUUCGUAUUUUACCGUUAAGUAUGCCGUUUAUUGUAUUCGUUGCGCGGCAUUUACUUUAAGCUGCUGUGCUAUAAUAUCACUUUAAGGAAGAGAGUUUGUUACCGUUAUUAUUCACUUGUAUGUUUUUUUAAGAAUAAAUUAAAGCGAUGGCUGAGUAAAAACUCAGUUAAAAAUUCAAA